AUGAUUAACUUCCUGUUGUCGUGCGAUACGUACACUCUCUCGGUGACCGCGCUGCUGAUAAUCGUGGUCUUGUACUGGGUGUUCGAGGUGCACUAUUUUGCCCGGACGCUGUGGUGUGCGACCAUGUGCCGGAUCCUGAAGAAGUACGUGCACAUAUUGGACACCACAUCGUACUCUUCGGCGUGCCUGACCACGGACGUGGACUUCCUGCUGUUCCACAUGAACAACUCGAGGUACCUGCGGGAGGUGGACUUCGCCCGGACAGAGUUCUACACGCGCACCGGGCUGUGGACGGCGAUCCGGGAGAAGGGUGGGCUGCCCGUGCAGGGUGGUACCAGCAUCCGGUACCGGAAGUUCAUCCGGACGUUCAGCCUGUACAGCAUAUCGUCCCGGAUCAUUUACUGGGACCGAGACUCCAUUUACAUGGAGCACCGGUUCGUGAGCCGGGGCGACGACUUCGUCAACGCCAUCGUGCACUGCCGGCAGAGGGUGAUCAACUGCGACGUCGAGGUGUUGAUGGGUGAGUUGCUGGCCAAAGGCGCCAAGGAGAGGCCCGGCGACCUGCAAGAAGCGCCCAGGAUAAAGCCCGAGUGCCCGUUGGAGAUCCACCACUGGAUUCAAGCGAACCUUGUGUCCAGCGCCAACCUGCGCAACGGAAACUGA